AUGGUUGCGGGAGGCCGUGCACCAGAAGAAUACCGAGCUGCACAUGAGAGAUACGGGCCUGUCGUCCGACUUGGUCCACAGCAUGUCUCUCUCUCCGAUCCUGCCGCCAUUCCGGUGAUCUAUGGCGUUGGCAGCAAGUUUUACAAGACGGAUUUCUACAAAACGAUGGCUCCGAUGUACGGAGGUAAGAUCAUCGAAAGCAUGUUCACAGUCCGAUCCAACGAGCAGCACAAGGCAAUCAAAGCCCCUGUUGCUGCAUUUUUCUCUAUGAGCAACAUGCGGAAUUAUGAAACGUAUGUGGACGAGUGCACCGAGAUCUUCAUUUCCACAAUGCAUGAACUUGAAGGUCAAACAUUAGAGCUCGCAGAGUGGCUUCAAUGGUAUGCAUUCGACGUCAUUGCCAGCGUCACUUUUCAGCGUCGAUUUGGAUUUCUUGAAGAGCGAAAGGAUAUCAAUGGUAUGAUCCACGGUAUUGAGGAAGGACUAGGUGCCAUCAAGUUUUUGGGGCAAUAUCCUGAGCUCGAUGGCAUUGCAAAGGUCAUUUUCAGGUCCCUUCUCAGACUCCUGAACCGGAAAGACCCUUUAGUCGGCUUUCUUGAGUUGUGCGACGAGGAAAUCGAACGAUAUGAUGCCGCUCCAGCGGAGGCCCACCUUCGUACAGACUUUCUGUCUCAACUACGACAGAAGAAAGGUCCCAUUGGUCCGGACAGUCAACAUGAGAACCUGGUCAAUCACUUGGGUAACAAUCUUCUUGCUGGCAGUGAUACCACCGGUAUCUCCCUACGAGCUUGUUUCUACUAUGUGCACAAGAAUCCUCCCGUGCUUGAGAAGCUUCGAAGCGAGAUCAGCGAAUUUGCCGCAUCGGGCCGUCUUUCAGAAGUGGCGACUCUCGAAGAAACAUUGAAGAUGCCAUAUCUGCAAGCUAUCAUGAAAGAGGCAAUGCGCUUACACCCUGGCGUUGGCUUCCCACUGGAACGCAAAGUACCAGAGGGCGGUGCCACGAUUUGCGGUGUCAGCUUACCGGGAGACACAAUCAUAUCCAUGUCUGCUCCGGUCAUCCAUGUCGAUCCCUCCAUCUUCGGCAAAGAUGCAGCACAAUUCCGGCCAGAACGCUGGCUCGAUGGCGACGAGGAACAACUUAAAGUGAUGGAAAGAUCACUGCUGACCUUCGGAUACGGUGCUCGGACCUGCAUCGGUAAGAACAUCUCUAUCAUGGAAAUGGGCAAGUUCGUUACGCAGAUCUUGCGCCAAUUCGACGUCGAGUUCGUGAAUCCGGAGAAGCCGUGGAGCACAAACGCAGCUUGGUUUUGGAGGCAAUCAGGCAUGCUCGUGACUUUCAGAUCUCGACGAGAUUAG